GAGGGACCGUAACCUUUGCAUAACACCCGGGGCCGGCGGGGGACGGAGCGGGCAGAGCCCGCGGGACCGUCCUGCCGCUGCCACCGGCCGGGCGCUGCCGUCCCCGCCGGGCUCCGGGAGCGGCCCUGCUCCUCUCCGGCUCCAUCAAACUACAUGGGAAAUUGCCCAAAGUGUCCAAAAGCAGCUGAGAGGGUGGCAGCAGUUCUGGUUGCACCAUGGCCGAGCCCAAGUCUGUGUGUGUUUCAGUGGACGAGGUGGUCUCCAAUGGCACAGACACCCAGGACAUCCACCUCAUCAAUGGACACUUAAAAAAAGUGGACAAUGCUCUGACAGAAGCUCACAGGUUCUCCUACCUGCCCCGCAGGCCAGCUGUGAACAUUGAGUUUAAAGAACUGUCCUACUCUAUCCAGGAAGGGCCGUGGUGGAGAAAGAAAGGUUAUAAGACCCUUUUGAAAGGAAUUUCAGGGAAGUUCAGCAGUGGAGAACUCGUUGCAAUUAUGGGACCUUCAGGAGCUGGGAAGUCAACGCUUAUGAAUAUUCUGGCAGGAUACAGAGAGACGGGGAUGAAAGGAGAAAUCCUCAUCAACGGGCAGCCCCGCGACCUGCGCUCCUUCCGCAAGGUCUCCUGCUACAUCAUGCAGGAUGACAUGCUCCUUCCUCACCUCACUGUCCAGGAAGCUAUGAUGGUGUCUGCUCAUCUGAAACUUCAAGAGAAAGAUGAAGGGAGGAGAGAAAUGGUGAAGGAAAUUCUGACAGCCCUUGGUUUGCUGACCUGUGCCAACACGAGGACUGGGAGUCUCUCUGGGGGCCAGAGGAAACGCCUGGCCAUUGCUCUGGAGCUGGUGAACAACCCCCCUGUCAUGUUCUUUGAUGAACCCACCAGUGGCUUGGACAGUGCAUCGUGUUUUCAGGUGGUCUCUCUGAUGAAGGCUUUGGCCCAGGGUGGCAGAUCCAUCAUCUGCACGAUUCACCAGCCCAGUGCAAAGCUGUUUGAGCUCUUUGACCAGCUCUAUGUUCUAAGUCAAGGUCAGUGCAUUUACCGUGGGAAGGUGACAAACCUUGUCCCUUACUUGAGAGAUUUGGGGCUGAAUUGUCCAACCUACCACAACCCAGCAGAUUUUGUGAUGGAAGUGGCCUCGGGCGAGUACGGGGACCAGAGCAGCCGCCUGGUCCGGGCUGUCAGGGAGAGGAUUUGUGACUCCGACUACAAGAGAGACGUGCCCGGGGAGCACGAGCUGAACCCCUUCCUGUGGCACCGGCCCUCUGAGGAGGACUCCUCCUCCACAGAAGGCUGCCACAGCUUCUCUGCCAGCUGCCUCACCCAGUUCUGCAUCCUCUUCAAAAGGACUUUCCUCACCAUCAUGAGGGACUCGGUCCUGACCCACCUGAGGAUCACCUCACACAUUGGCAUUGGGCUGCUCAUCGGAUUGCUCUACUUGGGCAUUGGAAAUGAGGCCAAGAAAGUCCUCAGCAACUCGGGGUUCCUCUUUUUCUCCAUGCUGUUCCUCAUGUUCGCCGCUCUCAUGCCCACUGUCCUCACCUUUCCCCUUGAGAUGGGAGUAUUCCUCAGAGAGCAUCUGAACUACUGGUACAGCCUGAAAGCCUAUUACCUGGCCAAGACCAUGGCUGAUGUUCCUUUCCAGAUCAUGUUCCCCGUGGCCUACUGCAGCAUCGUGUACUGGAUGACCUCCCAGCCCUCGGACGCGCUGCGCUUCGUCCUCUUCGCCGCCCUGGGCACCAUGACAUCCCUGGUGGCUCAGUCCCUGGGCCUGCUCAUAGGGGCAGCCUCCACGUCCCUACAGGUGGCAACUUUUGUGGGCCCAGUUACUGCCAUCCCUGUCCUGCUGUUCUCUGGGUUUUUUGUCAGCUUUGAUACCAUCCCAACAUACCUCCAGUGGAUGUCCUACAUUUCCUAUGUCAGAUAUGGGUUCGAAGGCGUCAUCCUCUCCAUCUACGGACUGGAUCGAGAAGAUCUGCACUGUGACAAAGAUGACACCUGCCACUUCCAAAAAUCAGAGGCCAUCCUGAAAGAACUGGAUGUAGAAAAUGCCAAACUUUACCUGGACUUCAUUGUUCUUGGGAUUUUCUUCUUCUCUCUGCGCCUGAUUGCCUAUUUUGUCCUCAGAUACAAAAUCCGAGCGGAGAGGUAAAGGAGAAGCAGCUGAACCAAGGCAGUAGGAGAACUUUAGACAUCAAAUAGAGGGCACUUGACAUUGUCUCACUGUGGCAGGCUGGUCCCCAGGCUGGGGACAGCCAGAUGCUGUCCUGACCGAGCCCAUGGAGAGCCACAAUGGGAUAGUGGACAUCCAGUGUUAAGCCAAUCAGUCCAGUUGGGUUGGGUCAUGUUUUCAUUAUACUUUCUAGCUUUAACUAGGAAGAAGAUCUAUAGAAGGGAAUUUUACACCACAGGAUAUCAAUACAGAGGCAGUGUAACUGUCACAAGAUACCUGGCUGCAGGAGAUUUCCUUAUGAAACCAAUUUUGGGAUAAGGUCACCAGGAUCUUGGUGGCCAGAGUAGUGUAAUGUCAUCUCUAGUUGACAAGGUAGUGAGAUGCAAAAUGAGGAAUGCAAAGAAAAUAGGAUUCUCUCAUCUUUUUAAAUUUCAUCUUUGCAGUUUUCUAUGUAUUAUUUUGCAAUUCUUUUCCACAGAAUUACCCCCUUCUGGCUAAAAGUCUGUAAAUGUAUUAAUAAGGUAAAGAUAUCUUUUUAAUAUGGAUACUUUUUUAAAAGAAACCUAAAGUGAUUCAAGUAAUUAUUUUUGUUUCUGUCUGACUUUAGAAUUCUGGUGCUUUACUUGUCGAGCUGGUCUCAUAUCUGAAAACUGUAAUGAUAGGAGGAAAAGGCAGAUUCUGAAUCUGCACUGAACCUGUGGUCCCAUUUGGAAGCAGCACUGGAUAGCACAUGCAGUUAGACAUGGUCAAGCUGUCACUGAAUGGUUGAAAAAAAUAUUCUUUUGCAGUGUCUUUAAAUCCUUAGUAUUUGUGAUAUUUUGGGAUACUAGCUCUGUUCAUUAUCUGUUUGAUCUACCUCCUGCCACUGAAAAAAAUCAAAGCACUCCAAGGCUUAUUUUAAUUAAAUUGUGCAAGCGGGAUCUGUCCCUAAAGUGGUUGUUAAAGGAGUGCAAGAGCUGUCCACGGAUCAAAGCUUGGGCUGCUGUGUUAAAACACCUGUGACUGCCUCAUCCAGAGGUGUUCAUUGCAUCUGCAACACCCUCUGUGUGGGACCUUUCCAAAACCACACAAAUGACCUUGAAACGCUGCAGCUCUCAUUGUGCCAGGCAGUUUUGUUCUCAUCCCUAGGUCUCCAUGCACAACAUGAGAAUCAAUUGCUGUGAACACCAAUGGAACUGUUUUUUUGGGUAUCUCACCUCUGUAAAUUUGGCAGGGGGAAUUCUGGUUCCAAGCUGAUGUGAAUUUUCAUGGGUUUGGAUUUUCCACCCAAAAUGAACCCACCAUCCUCACAUUGGACACCUUGGUGAGCUUUGGUGCAGAUUUCAGGGUUUUCUGCCAUGACUGUGAAUUUAUCUGGGUGUCCCAGACCCCUGAGUGAGGCCUGAAUGUUCUGUAAAUGCAUUAUUCCCAUCAGGAUGCUGAACUCUUGCAGGCUGGAGGCAGCUCAAUGUCAGCAAACCCUCGAGGAGCCCAGCAGCUCACGGCAGCAGGGUAGAUAAGAUGCAUCUUCUGGCCCUCAGCAUUCGAAAAUCCACAAACUUUUCCAAGACUCUGUGGCUGUGUCUGUCCUAGUGGAAUAAAUAGUGCCAGGCCCAGCUCUGUUAGUCCUCAAACAGCUGGGGCUAACAGGAAUGGCCCCUGCACUGAGUUUUACACAGCCCAAACACUGUCUGCAAAAGCUCUGGCUCUGCUGGGCUGCAGCUCUGCCAUUUAGCAGGGAAGAAAAUUGUUUCCCAGCUUUCCUGGCCCAUGCCCAGGCUCUGUUUGAUUUACCAAUACAGACACAGACUGCAUGUAUUUGUUAAACUCAGGACAUCUGAACUAAGCCUGGGGUCUGGAAGGCUUUAAAUCAAGUCACAUGUUUUAGGAAAGCUACUGAACUUUCCCUGAAAAUAAGGUUUACCUGUGAAAGCAAAAUCAAUCUUUACUGUAGAAGAAAAACCAAAUUCCUUGCACGGCCUCUUUGCAUAAUUUUUGCUGCUGUUCUUUCUCAAAAAGCUUUUGUACAGCUCUGCAGCUUUUCCAGGCAUAAUCACGAGCAGGUACAAACCUAUAUGGCUGUCAGAUUUGAGAAAUAAAGAAUUUGAGCUAUUCUGAAUAAUACUCAUAGCUGUGGGCAGUUUUUAAACAAGGCACAAGCUGAAAUCCCUCUAGCAAAACGUGCCUUGGUUAUUUCAAGACUCUCAACAUAUUUGUGACUAUUACAGGCAGUUCAAACACUUUUUGCAAGCAGAUAAAGGACUACAUUUGCCAAAUUCCUCUUGGGUUGCAGACUUCUGGUCCAGGCUGAGGUCAAAGAGUGUGACAUCCCUGGCACUGAGUACCGUCAGGGUUGGUGUUUUUUGUGUUUACCACCUCCAUUUACCAAAUACCCCCUGGCAAUCCCUGCAGUGCUCCAGAUGGGGUGACUUUGCUGCCAUUCCCACAUUGGCAUCUUGCAGGAUGAUGUUCUCUCCCAUCUAGACCAGUUUAGCUGUAUGAAUUCCUUGGAUGCUGUCUUGUUGUCUGUGCCUGUUCCUCUGGUUUUAAGCUGUCUCAUUUUAUGUUUUUAGCCUCCAGCAUGUCCUCCUGUACUGUGAAUUUGUGUUGUGUUAUGGCAGCCAAAAAUCUGGUCCUUCACGGGUGUUCCUGAAAAAAAAAUCCUGCUCUGGGAAUAUUUUUGUCACUCCUUUUUUUGUUAGAUAUGCUUUUUCCAGCCUUCUGCUGGCAGUAUUUAGCUGGAAGUUACUAUUCUUAGGAAUGCUUUCAGGCUGUAGUAUCCCAGUAAAGAAGUAAUUCUCUGGAGACUCAGUGAUGCACAUAGAUGAGAUAAUGAAUUUUCUCUCCCUAGCUCACAAAUUAACUAAUGAUCUCUCUUUUGUCACUGCUUUGGGACAGAAGCAUUUAAAAUCCAUCCCAAUUAUAUCUUCGUCUACUGCAAAGAUUUUUAAUGUAGUCUCAGGUUGGCUUUUUUUCUCUUCAUGUGGAGAUAAAUUCUGACAGGCUGGUACAAAACACACCCCCAGGUUAAUGGGCUGAGCAGGUGCUCUUGUGUUGAGCAGCACUUUGUGAAGCUCUGGAGGCUUCACUUGGAGGAAUAACAAGGCCAGCAAGAUUCUGAAGGCUUCAAAUGCUCAAUUUUCAAAUCCUCAGUUUUAUAGCCAUAUAUAAAGAGCCAUAAACUCUCUGAAAUCAAUGCCACUAUUACCAUUUGAACCAGCCACAGCCUGGCUAAAAGUUGUGUAAGAGGCUAAAGGUUUCACUUGAAAACUGAAUGUAUGAUUUUUGUUGGGAUUGCAGGGAAAUUUUAGUGUCCUGUUGGCCUCCUUAUUCUAUCUUGACUUGUUUUAAGAUGUUGCUUUGGUUACUGUGUGCAUUAGUGAAGACUUAAGGUCCUCCACGCUUCUUUUGUUGUUUUUCUUCAUGGAAACUUGCAUAUGAUCUGAAAAACCCUGAAGGUUUUCAAAAAUAACUUGAAGCAUUAUUAUUUACAAUUAAAUAAAAGAUUUGGAAAGCAGAUUCUACUCUAAAGAAAUUGAGAAGGUUCCAUUGUUACAGGUCAAAAUCAGAGGCCACCCUGAAAGAACUGGAUGUAGAAAAUGCAAAACUUUGUCUGGUCAAAGGGAGUGGAAGGGCACUGGUGCUGAAAUCCUUCAGCUCUCAGAAUUUGGAGCACAAAGUACCUAUUUUAAUUAAAAGAGAGGAAUAUGUGCGCAUGUAACAGGGAGAGCUGGUUAUGUAAGUGGGAGAUAAUGAACCUGAGUCCAGGAACUGGAUGUCUCAGGUGAUUGGCAGUUCUGUCCACACUUCUGUGUCAAACUCUGUGUUCUCAGCAGAAGGGAAUGUUUUAUUAAACACUUGUUUCUGUGAGGAAGUGUGGUACAUCCUGACCUGUGCCACCCCAGUGGUCCUCACAGAGGUGACCUAUUUACACAGUGCUGGGUGGAUUUUGGGGUUCUAAGCACUGGGGAAGGCCAGCAAAGCAGAUAUCCUGGUGGGAAUCUGUUACAGACCAGCCAGCCAGGAUGGAGAGGCAGGUGAAAUGUUCCAUGGGAGCUCUUGUGACCAAUGCCCCUUUUCCUGUGGGAGACUUUAACUUGCCAAAUGUCUGCUGGAAACACAGCACAGCAGAGAGGGAAAAACCCAGGAGAUUCCUGGAGUGUGUGGGAGGUAAUUCCUGACCCAGCUGGUGAGGGAACCAGGCCCUGGUGAUGCCCCACUGGUCCUGUUUGGGAGCAGAGAAGGGCUGGUGGGUGAUGGGGUUGUUGGAGAUCCUCUUGGGCACAGUGAACAUGAAGUGAGAGGUUCUGGUUCUUGGGGAGAGGUUUUGAAGUGAAAGGUUCUGGUUCUUGGGGAGAGGUUUUGAAGUGAGAGGUUCUGGUUCUUGGGGAGAUGGAGGGGUGGCAGCAGAACUUCUGCAGGGCAGACUGUGCUUGAGAGCUGGGCUGGCAGAGUCCCUUGAGUCCCUGAAGGUCAGAGAGGUCCAGGAAGACACAGAGAUUCUUAAGAAGGAAAUCCCAAAGGCACAGCAGGAGCAGGCCAUCCAUCCCCAUGUGCCAAAGGACAUCCAGAGGGGCAGAAGGACUGGCCUGGCUGAGCAGAGAGCUCUGGCUGGAACUCAGGGAACAAAACAGGGUGUAUGACCUUUGGAAGAAAGGGCAGGCAGCCCAGCAGGGCUACAGGGACACUGUGAGGUUAUUCAAAGAGAAAUUAGAAGGGCCAAAGCCCAACUAGAACUUAAUCUGGCUACUGCUGCAGAAGACAAUAAAAAAUAUUUCUGUGAAUACAGCACUAAGGAGUGUAUCCAUCCUCCCUUGGAUUUCCUUUAGUUCCUCCCAGAACAGCCCCGUAGGGUGCAACUGCUCAGGAAUUUCUGUGUGCACAUCCAUUUGCAAUGUAUGAUCGUGUGAAAAGCUGUUGGGAACUGGAAGUAGGCAGAAAAUGACACCUGUGUCAUGUCCUCUGUGACAGCUUGUGACAGGCUGAUCACUGCAGUGCCACACAGCACUGGGGAGUGCAUUCAUCAACUGCUGAGUGCCACUGGAGCUCAUCAGGAGCUCUGCCAUUUGUCAACAGGGGCAGUGGCAUUUUCAGGGAUGGACUCCUGCUGCCCUCCUCUCAAAUUCCUGUUCCCAUAAUGCACAGAGGGGUUGGUGUGGGGUAUCCCACUGAGUGAUUUCUGUCAGCCCACACAGCACUCUUCAUGCUACAUGUCUAAAAGUUUCAGGUUCGAGCCUGCAAACAUGGCAAGUUUCAUUUUAAUUCUGUUGAAUGCUUUAUUUCUGUUUCUGUACAUAUUUCACAUAGAGUUUCUGAAGGAGUAAUUGUACUGCAGGGCACAAAAUUUAGCUGCAGUCUUUUUGUUAUUUCGAAAUCUUACGAAGAAUGAUCAUUUUGUGCAGCUGUCAGCUGUAGAACCUUUCUUUAAGAGAUUUAGAUUUCUGUUGAGACCUGUGAAACAAAGGGUGACCAUCCAGGAUGUGUCUCCUGUGGCACAAAAUGCAGCCAUGGCUCAGCCUGCGUUCUCUGCACUGGUUGUGCCUUCAGGACACAUCCAGCUUUUGCUGGUUCUUUUUUAUCUUCCCCCUUGGGGGCUCCCAUGCAGCUCAGCCCAUGCCUGUCCAUGGCUUGUGUCCCUUUUUUUCUGGCUGUUCAUGGCUGCUGUCCAGUGGGGUGUGAGAAUGAGCUGCCUGGGGAGAGUGCAGGAUGGGUCAAGGUGGAGGGAUGACUUUGAGGCUUCUCUGAGCCACCAAAACCCCAAUGUGCUGGAUCUCUGGGUGUGCUUUACUCAAAAAAAAAAUAUCCAAAAAUGUCUUUUUCAGCAGAUUGCAAGGCAACAUGGAAGCUUCUACUUUUAAAGGUUGACGGGGUUUUCUACUUCAGUGGCAUCUGUGAUGUCUCUUUUUCUGACCCUGUUGUAGCUUAUUUUAGUGGCCCAUUUAAGGUAAUCAUUAUGCAAACUCUUUCUGUUACUUCCAGAAAGAAACUUUCCUGGCCUCAGUGAUAAUUAUACCAACCUUUCCAAAUGUGAAUUAGUUACUGAACACUAUUUUUAAAAAAUAUCGAAAGAAAAUCUCUUAAUUUAUGGCAAAAGAAAAUUAAAUUUGAGACGAUUACACUGAUUUAUCUUAAAAGAAGAAGAUAACAAGUCCUGCAGUGGGGCCAAGCCUUCACCUGUGUCAGUAAAGAUUUAUCAAAUACCUUUUCUGAGUCAGUUGACCUUAUUGUGAGAUUCUGCCCUUGAACCUGUUACUGAAUUAUUUAACAUUUGGUUCUUUUGUUUUUCAAAGCAAGAGUCAAUGCAAGGUAUGACUUUAAAUCAGCGUGCUAAAGUGUGCAUAUUCUGAAUAUCUAAUAUGUCAUUGUUGUCUCUUGUUUCUGUAAUGCAUUUGCAUUACUAUGAAUCAAUUUUAUUCUGCUUCUCUAGAGACUAUUGCUGCCUGCACGCUGUGAUAUAUUUGCACUGUUGUAGAUAUAUAUAAAUACAUAUAUUGUAAUUAUAUUAUACAAACCAUGUCUUUUUCAGGUUGCUUGUUACCUUUGUAGUUGAUGCUUCCUGGUACAGUGGACCUGAGUAAAAAUGUGGGAUGUGGGGCAUUCUGAUGAUAUAUUACAGUAAUAGAGAAAUCUUUGUAUAUUUCUGUAUACUUAAUACCUGUAAGAAGAGAUUUGUAUGUGCAUUAUUUUCCAGACUUAGGGCUUUGUUUUCUGAGACUAGAGAACAUUUAUGAUAAUGUAACACACACACACAGAGAGAGAAAAAAAUCAAAUAAAGUGUUAUUAUUUUCA